GCCUGAACAAACUAUAAACAAAAAACAAUAUGGCUGCCGAAACGAAGAAACCCUCUCACCCUCACCCAUCCAAACGCGUUUUUAUCAAUAAUGUAGACAAAUAUACCUCAAAAUAUAUCGCAGAGUUUUUAUCCUCGUGUGUUCCUGGAGUGGCCCAUGUUCCCGACCGGUCAGAGGAUGAGGAAGAAAAGCAAUCAUCCCAAGGACGCACUUUUCAGAUCGUUGGAACCGUUUCGGGGAAAACCGAAGAGAAGUCCCGGUUUGCAGUAGAAGAAUAUACAAACUUAACACGUGAAGAGCUUUUCCGUCACCUGAUGGAGUCGGACGUCGUCGUUUAUAACGUUUACAACGAGCGUACCGAUCAGAUCGAAGAAGCCUCUUGGGCGGUCUCAGCUCUUCACAAGGACAUCGAUGCAUUUCCUGGACCAAAGACGUUCAUCUUGAUCUCCUCGGUCAUGACGUGGGCGCUGACUAAGACACUGGAUGCAGAUGAUCCAGAGGUUCCUUUUACGGAAGAGGACUACAGGAGACGCAAACCGCACGGCAACUUUAAAGAUCACAUCGCUGUGGAGAAGCUUGUGGUUAAACUGGGAAAAUCUAACCAGUCGCAGUUCUCGACUUACGUGGUUGCAUCUGGACUGCAGUACGGAAUGGGCGAGCAAGCCUUUCAUUUCUUUUUCAAGACAGCGUGGCUGGGAGAGGAACGGGAAGUGCCGGUCUUCGGAGACGGGUCCAACAUCGUUCCUGCUAUUCACAUCAGUGAUCUGGCACGGAUUGUGCAGAACGUAAUCGACCGUAAGCCGAAGCCGCGGUACUUUCUCGCAGUGGACGAAUCACAGAACACCAUUGCUGACAUCAUCAGAGCAAUAGCAGUAGCGCUCGGGCCAGGAAAAACCCGAAACGUUCCGAAAGAGGACGUAUUUCUCACAGAGGAAUUGACGCAAGCAGAAAUUGACCAUUUGUUCAUCAAUCUUCGAAUGGAAGCCAUUUUCCUCGCAGACAAUUUCACUAUCAACUGGGUUUCAAAGAAAGGCAUUGUCGAGAACAUCGACCACGUCGUGAAGGAAUACAAGCUCACCCGAGGCCUGCUGCCUGUUCGCAUCUGUCUCUUGGGACCUCCUGCGGUCGGGAAAAGCACCGUCGCUGAAAAGAUAUGCAAGCACUAUAAACUGCAGCAUGUAAAACUCAAAGAGACCAUCGCGGAGACUCUCGCUAACCUGGAGUCGCGUGUCCGCAUGGAAGACGGUAACGAGGACGACGAAUCGCAGGAGCUUUUGGAGACACUGAAGAGGAGCAUGGAAGAAAACGAAAAUGGUCGGUUGGAUGAGCAGUACGUUCUCAAAAUCGUGAAGGACAAGCUGAAGACGAAAGCGUGCAGAAAUCAAGGCUUUGUCCUGGACGGCUUUCCGAAGACGUACAAUCGAGCUAAGGAGCUGUUUUCUGCCGAGGAUGAUGAAGCUACAGACGAGCGCUCGACCAGUGUCAAAAUCAUCCCAGAGUUUGUGUUCUUUCUGGAUGCCACCGACAAGUUCCUGAAGGAACGUGUGCUGAACCUGCCUGAGAGCGUUGUGCAGAGAACGUCACACUCCUUCGAUAAGUUUCUUCCACGACUGGCUGCGUUCAGAAAAAACAGUUCAGAGGAUGAAACCGUGAUAAACUACUUUGAUGAGCUGGAGAUUCACCCCGAGCGUAUAGAGAUCAACGCCGAUGACCCAGAGAACAUUCCGGUGAUGGAGAAGGUGAUGGAGAGCGUGGGGAAGGUCAGGAACUACGGUCCCGAUGCAAAGCAUUUGGAGGAGGAACGGAGGCAGGCGGAGAUCAGGCUGAGGGAGGAAGAGGAGGCACGCCAGGCCGAAGCCAAGCACAGGGAUGAAGAAGAUGAGGAACGGAGAGCGGAGUGCUGGGAGGAAUGGAAUCGGUGCCUACAAGAAGUGAAGCAACAGGAAGAGGAGCUGUUAAUGAAUGAAGAAGAAUCUGCCAGGCAGUAUCUGAUGUCCACCGUGAUACCCGUUCUGUCUCAAGGCCUGUCUGAGUUAUACAGAAUCCAACCAAACGACCCAAUCGACUUCCUGGCUGAAUAUCUCCUCAACAACAACCCAGAAAUGGAAUAAAGCACAGAAGGACCGUCGUGGUAUAAAGAGAAAUAAAACUACAGGACGUGAUGUUUUCGGGGAAAAAAAGCGGCCCGGCCGUCGAUGUGCAAUUACACGGGAAAAUAAAAUGUCCUUACAGUCAGCGAACGCUGAUUGCAAACUUUCUGACUUUGCUGUUUGUGUACCUGUCCAUUUAAAAGCUUCCGCAACCAACGAUAAAAGCCAGCUGCUAAUUAAAAGUUCAUUAACGAUAAUGUAUUCGGGAGCGCCCGAUAACUAGGAAAGUAGACGCGGCAUGGCGUAAUUGCCUCGGUUUGCUGUACAGUUCCAAAGGAUCGAUGGAACAAAUGGCGGAUAAUUAAACAUUUUCAUACGCGAGUCGGCGAGCGGAAAAUUAAUUACGCGGGUAAACAAAAAUGAUCCCAUUUCCGCAAACGUUCGUUCGUUCGUUCGUUCGGUCCAUUGUUUCGGGAAGUCGUUAGUCCGUGGCGCUGAACGUUCUAAUAAACGUGAGUCGUCGUUAAGAGUCGGUACUUUAAUGGACUCGGGUGUUGUCAUCGUCUCGUGUGGAACCGAAAAAGGUCUUUGUACUCCCCGUGUGUUUGGUGUGUGAAGACGAUCACACCGUCUAAGCCAAAUGAAGAAACUUCAAUCACUUCAGUCGGCGUAUUCGCGUCGUCUGUAAAAGUGUAACACGAAUAAGCGGCGGAUCGUGUCACACAAUUCCUCCUGUUUGUGCGAGGCCCGGCUUUCCACGUGCGUUUGUUUACGUCCUAACAGCGUGCCGUUAUUUUAGUUCUUAUCGUCGCUUUGUUUGUCUAAUGUGUACACCUGUUCUGUGUUAUUCCCUAAAUGAGCUGUAUUUAUUACACCCUGCCGUCUCCGUUCCUCCUGGCGAGGUCUUUCCUCGGACGUCGUGCCGUUCUGAGCAUUGCUUCUCAGUGCAUAUCGCUCGUACUUGUAUUCUCAGUAUGGCUUUCUGACGUACGGAUUCCCGUAUUUCCCAAAAUACGGAAUUCCCACGCGGAAUUUACGAUAUUGUACGUAUUCUAAAAUGGUGUAUUUUUUAA